AUGAGACCUCGUAUCCGAGAUGCCUCUGACAAACCCCGCCCUACCCGACCCUCCUUCCUCGACGGUGAACCAAAGUUUCACCGCAAACACCCUCCGCCCCUCCGCACAAUGCUCGGCCGAUGGCGGAAAUGGACGGUCCUGGUGGCGGCGAUCUGGAUCCAGGCGUCGACGGGAACCAACUUCGAUUUCUCAGCCUACUCUUCUCAUCUCAAAUCAGUACUCGGAAUCUCUCAGGUGAGGCUGAAUUACCUCGCGGUGGCUUCUGAUUUGGGGAAAGCGUUCGGGUGGUCCUCGGGGAUCGCUUUAGGUUAUUGCCCUCUCUCCGUCGUUCUUUACGCCGCCGCGGCUAUGGGGUUUGUUGGUUAUGGUGUUCAGUGGUUAGUCAUCACCAACGUCAUCACUCUUCCUUAUUCUCUGGUGUUUCUGUGCUGCUUGUUGGCUGGAUUGAGUAUAUGUUGGUUCAACACUGCUUGUUUCAUCCUCUGUAUCCGUCAUUUCCCCACCAAUCGUGCACUCGCUUUGUCUUUAACGGUCAGCUUCAAUGGAAUCAGUGCAGCCUUAUACUCGCUCGCUUUCAAUGCUAUUAACCCGACUUCCUCAAAUAUGUACCUUCUGCUCAACUCUCUGCUUCCUCUUGGUGUCUCCUUAGCUGCACUUUACCCUCUUCUUAUUAAACCAUCUCUAGACCCUGCACCAGACCGUAGCGAAUCACGCCGACAUGACUCCCAUGUGUUUGCCAUAAUGAAUGCCGUAGCUGUCGUGACGAGUUUCCACCUUCUGUUAUCUAGUUCCAGUACUAAUGUGACUGCAUCAGCUCGUUUUCAUUUGGCCGGAGCUAUCUUCUUACUCGUCUUCCCCCUCUGUGCUCCUCUCCUCGUUUAUGCUCGGGAUUACUAUUUUCCUGACAUUAACCAUCGUUUACACAAUGACACCUCUACCUCUGGCUAUGUUAUGCUUAACAUAGAUGAGCUCAAGAUUCAGAAAGCAUCUGUUACGGGUCAGAAUGCCAAGGAAGGGAACAACAUAGUGAGGCUCGGUGAUGAACACUCGUUUCAAUUGCUCAUAACUAGAUUUGAGUUUUGGUUAUACUACAUUGCCUACUUCUGUGGUGGCACGAUUGGUCUUGUUUAUAGCAAUAAUUUGGGUCAGAUUGCUCAGACUUUGGGGAAAAGCUCUACAACUCUUGUCACCAUCUACUCUUCAUUCUCCUUCUUUGGUCGGUUGCUAUCUGCCGCACCAGAUUUUAUGCACAAGAGAUUUCAUUUGACAAGAACCGGCUGGUUUACGUUCGCGCUCUUGCCAACUCCCAUCGCUUUCUUUUUACUAGCGAUAUCAUCCUUACAUCAAACAACAUUGCAGACCGCAACCGCCUUAAUCGGUCUGAGCUCCGGUUUCAUAUUUGCAGCUGCAGUGUCCAUAACAUCUGAGCUCUUUGGACCAAAUAGCGUAGGUGUUAACCACAACAUUCUCAUUACAAACAUACCAAUCGGCUCGCUCUUAUAUGGUUUCAUCGCUGCAUCCAUCUAUGAAGCCAACGCAAACCUGGAGAUAAGAACGGUCGUGUCAGACUCGGUCGUUUGCAUUGGAAGAGAUUGCUACCACAAAACGUUCGCGUUUUGGGGUUGCUUGUCUCUUCUUGGCCUCGCUUCAAGCCUUUUGUUGUACUUGAGGACCAAACCGGUUUAUCACCGGCUUGAACAAGAACGGGUUUCGGUGACGACAUCAAUGGGGGAUUUUGGGUAUCUAUCGGAUACAGACGAAUCAGCAGUAGAAGAGCUGAUAUCGCAAGCGAAGGAGCUUUCGGCUUUGGAGCAAAUAGCAGCCAUCAACUGUUCUGGCUUCACUGACUCUUCUACUCUUCCCGAUGAUCUCGAAUCUCGUUUCCGCCGCCUCAAAUCUCUUCCUGCCGCUCGACCCGACCCGGUUUCGUCUAAGAUUAGUAAGAAGGAUCUCACGCACUCCAAGAGCGUGGCGUUUUACCAAAAGGAUGGAGAUUUCUCAGGAAACCCAGGUAAACAAUCAUCCGGCUUUGAUGAGGAUUCGAGUACUUUCUCGGGAAACAAGCGAGAUCUAGUUCUUGAGAAAAGCUCCCGAGAUGGAAGUGGAGAUUUCUCUGAUUCCAGUAAACGAACCCAGAAGCUGCUUCCAAAACAGAAAGGAUCAUUUGAUUUAGCCACACCACCGUCGUCGUCCGAUUCAGAACCAGAAAAGAAAUCUAAGUCAAAGUCUUCAAGCUCCUCAUGGAUUAAGAAGUUAUCUCCAGCAAAGAUCAUCGGAUACAUAUGGUCUUCUCCGAACAAGUCAUCAUCCACCAAGAAGAAGAACAUCAAAAGCAUCAAAUCAUUUACUGCAUCUGGUCGCGAGAGAGACGUUGAUUUCGACGAGUUUUUGUCUGAUUUAAAUGCAUACUCAGUGGAGGAUCAACGGAAGAUGCUGAAAAAAGCACUCAAAGAACAGCAGAAGAUGCGGAAAGAAGCAGCUGAGAUCAUCAAGAUGACUAAAAAGGCAUCAGCAAGAUUUGAUUUUGAUGAUUAA